AUGUUGAUGAAACUCAGUGUUCACGAGAACGCCCGGUAUCUAUCAAAUGUUGAGCGGCGCGUUCGUGAUCUAGAGUCUUUAUUCUCACGGUUGCUUCCGGAUAUAGAUCUUGAAAAUGCUUUGGCAUCCACCCCCGAUUCAUUGGCCCCCAUUCAAACACCGCCGCCCAUACCUCAACAUCCAUUUGCUCAAAUAGCGAGUCCUACUUCAGAAAUUGACAAUGGAUUGGAGACGGUACCCGAUACGGCACCGAGUGGCGCAGAAGGGUACGACUGGACCGAAGAGACAUCUUUGGACUAUCUAGCUGAUGGGAUGGCGGCAUUGCGUAUUGAGCCAACUGGUGCUGGCUACCUAGGUUCAACAUCCGGCGUUGCAUUCCUGCGAUCUCUGCUACUUUGGCUUGGAAACCCUAGGCUCUUGACUGAAAGUCACUUCCGAGCCGCUGAUCUCGUUGGCGAAUCACCUGCCAUGCUUGCGGCCUCUUCCCACUUUUCCAAUACCGCACUCUCUCGGCAGAUCGAGAGUAAGCUCAUUGAAGCGUACUUCGAGAACUACCAUGUCGUGUAUCCUUUUGUGCAUGAGCCCACAUUUCGAGCUCAAUAUCAUGAGAUCAUCUCACGACCUGUGAGCGCUUCCUGGAAACUACUGCUCUCCACUGUGCUAGCGCUAGGGUCUUGGUCAUCUGGACAAACUCAAACAGAGCUUGAUGAACAACUCUACCGCCGCUCAAUAUCUCUUGGCGAAGAUGAGUCAAUCUUUGAAAUCGCGAAUCUCACUACAAUUCAGGCACUUGUGCUGAUGAGCAAUCUUGCUCAGAAAAGGAACAGACCGAACACUGGCUGGAAUAUGCUAGGGCUCGCUACCCGCAUGGCACUCAGCCUGGGAUUGCACCGUGAGCAUCCAACCUGGAAUAUUGGUAUCCUACAUCAAGAAAUGCGGCGUAGGGUCUGGUGGGGCCUUUUCCUGUUUGAUAGCGGCGCUUCAACAACCUUUGGACGGCCAAUACUACUCCCCGACCACAACUCCAUGGACACCAAGCAUAUACUGAACAUUGAUGAUGAGGACCUCACACCCAAGACCUCCAACCAACCAACGGAGUCAUCAAAACCAACAAUAUACUCUAGCAUGAAAGCGCAGUCAGGCUUUCAUGUCGAAUCCAAUUAUAUCUCGAAUCGAUUACUACUGCAUGGUUCUGUUUCUCCGGUCGACGCGCUGCUAAUGAAUGCUACCUUGGAUAAUUGGGCUGUCAAUUUACCAGGUUACUUUCAUCUCAAUAAUAAUCCUCAGAAUUCAGAACCUUGGUACACAUUCGCCCGUGCUCGUCUACAUUGGCGUUUAUGGAAUUUCAAGAUCAUCCUCUUGCGUCAAGUUUUAAUGCGCCAAGUAAUGAAAAGUGGUGGAGAGAUCUUGUCCGGUGUACCUAUUUCAGAAGCUGAAAAAUAUUUUCUGUUCCAUGCUGCAUUGGCAACACUGAUACCGAUACUGGCUGGAAAUGAUUCCCAAGAUAUUGAGCUUCGAAAAACAGACAUAAGAAUGGCCCGUGAUCUCUUCUUGCAAGUCCUUGCGGGCAAUUCUCUAGCAGCUCAAUGUGCUGAUAUUAUUGACCGAUUGCAGCCUAGUGCGUCGUUGGAUACACUAGUCAACCUCGAUAACAUCCCCACGGAUUGGAUGGGAGGAAUGUCGCAGUUUCCAGAAGACCCGAAUGCAUUCUUCACAACAUUCGGAUGGGAAGACGUCAGCACAGAUUUCUGA